GACGGUAGCUGUGCAGGGCCCCAGAGAGAGUGAAAACGGUCUUAGGCUGGCAACAGCCGGAGUCAUCUUUCCCUGCCCAACCUUCCAGCCCUUGAUCGCUGCCUAACCAUGAGCCUGGGGGGGCCAGCUACCCGCUCCGGAGCAUGCGAAUGCCAAGGUGGAGACAGCCAACAUGCCAUUCUGUAUUCCUUGCUGAGCCGGUCCCGGGGCCCAUCACCUCAUGCCCACUGCCUUUGCACCCGGCACCGCUCGGUCCGCCUCCAGGCUCCUCAGCACACCUGCCUGGCGGCAGCAGGGGUACUAGCUAAAACUGUCGCUUUCCUGCAGAACCUGCCCUCCUUCAGCUUGCUGCCCCCAGGGGACCAAAGGCUGCUGCUGGCCAACUGCUGGGGCCCCCUCUUCCUCCUGGGGCUGGCCCAGGAUGCGGUGACUGUCGAGGUGACAGAGAUGCCAGCCCCCAGCAUGCUCAAGAAGAUUCUGCUGGAGGAGAGGAGCCCGGAGCCCCAGAGCCUCCAGCCCACACUGGCAGGGGUGCAUCGGCUCCAGUGCUGCCUCCAUGCCUUCUGGAGCCUGGACCUGAGCCCCGCCGAGUAUGCCUACCUCAAGGGUGCUAUCCUCUUUAAUCCUGACACACCUGGCCUCCAGACUGCUUCCUACGUUGAGAGUUUGCAUCGGGAAGCAGAGCAGGUCCUUCAGGAGGCUUUGGCGCUCCAUCACCCUGUGGACCAGGGCUGCUUUGCCCGCAUCCUCCUUGUGGUCUCCACCCUUAAGUCCAUCCCUCCGGCCCUGCUCAGCUCCCUCUUUUUCCAUCCAAUGUUUGGGGAUGCUGACAUCACCAGCCUCAUUGUGGACAUGCUGUUCUUGACUUAACUUAGGAGAUGGUUACCCUUCCCACUUCCAAAUGCCUUCAAGACCCAGACGCAUCUCAUCCAGGUUCGGGACAAUGUAGUGACUCCAUUAGAGCUUGCUCUAAGUGCUGUGCCUCUCUGGAUGGGAUCUGGACUGCCUCAGGACAAGGACUCACCCAUCAUGCCCAGCUCUGAGCAUUCUUCAGAUCUAGGUCCUGGACCCCUCCUUGAUAGGUGCCAAAGCCAAUUGAGCUGCGGUGGGGUGGGGACGCUUACUAACUCAACUCUGAUGCUGGGUUCUCACAGACUCACAGCUGAAAAGGGUCUCUGAGGACAUCCAGUCUAGGAUAGGAAUAGGAAUUCCCUCUGCAUCAUACUUGACUCAUGAUCUUAAAAACUUCUAGAGAUGAAGGAAUUCAUAGCUUCCAGUCUACUGGUUUUGAGGGCUUGGAAGUCAGUCAAUAGGAAAACAAGGGGGAAGGAGAGGUCUAGAUUUUAUUAAAUGCAACAAACAAGUACCACUGUGUGCCAGCUACCACAUUAGGUGCUGAAGAUAGAAAGACAAGAAGGAAACACAUCCUUUAUCCACCAUGUGGAAUGCUCAUAUGCUGGGAAAAUUCCACACCUCAGAAAUUCCACUCUCCUUUUCUCUCUACGUCUUCUUCCUACACUCUAUAAUCUAGGGGAUUUUAACCUUUUUGUGUGUCAUGGACUAUCUCAGCAACAUAAUGUAGCCAAUGGACCCUUUCUCAGAAUAAGGGCUUUUAAAAAAAUUCACAAUAAGAGGAAAUGCUAAAUUUCAGUUAGAGGUUAGUGAACAUAAAGAUGCAUUUUUUUUUUCUCAUCCAAGAUCAUGGGUCUCUUGAAGUCUAUUCCCCUCACAAGGGAUCCACGAACUUCAAGUUAAAGAUCCCUGCUCUAAAUCUCUCCUGGGAUUGGCCAGUCAUGGCCAGGUCUAUGCAACACUCUCCCAAAAUGGACAAAAUUAGACCAAAAUUUCCAGAAAUGGACAACAAUUCAGAACAAAUCCCUUUUACCAAGAGUCCUCCCAUCCCAAACGAGGAAAUGUUGCUAGGCCAACAUUGAUGCUCAGACUUUUUGGGGUCCCUGACUCUCCACUGUCUGGAAGGAGGGAGUUUCAGUUUCUUUGAGCCAUCCCCCCAGCUUCUUGCUAUAGACAGCAAAGGGAUAGGGAGUAUCCUUCCAUUCUGAGCCUGGAGAGUGUUCUCCCUUCCCAGCAUGACUGUGAACCUGGGCUAUUCAUAAGCCAAGGCAUCCUGAAACUUGUACAGAACUCAUAUAAGUUAUUGUUUUUUUGUAAUAAAAGAUUUCAUAUCUUUGGAA